AUGUUCCGCCGUCUUAAAUGGUUCAUAGCUGGUUUCAAUCAACAGAGAACACCUAAACCGAAGGUCGAUGCGAAGCGCUUGUCUCUACCUAGGGAACAUCAUAACUACAAUAAUUCAAGAACUCGAAAUCGCAAGUCAAUGUUGGAAGCCGUUCACGAAGUUGCAAUUUAUAUCCAUAGGUUUCAUAACCUAGACCUAUUUCAGCAAGGGUGGUAUCAGAUCAAGAUUACCAUGAGAUGGGAAGAUAGCGACUAUGCAUCUUCUCUGGGAACUCCUUCAAGAGUGGUUCAAUACGAUGCUCCUGAUCUUGGUUCUGAUAAUGUAUUGGGAGUAUGGAAGAUUGAUGACACAGACCAUAGCUUUUCAUCACAACCUUUCAAGAUUCGAUAUGCAAGACAGGAUAUUCUUCUAUCAGUCAUGAUAGCUUUCAACUUAUCUCUUGGUAAAUUUGAGGGUCCAAUCACAUCUGCUGUAAUUCUGAAAUUUGAGCUGCUGUAUACACCUGUUUUGGAGAUUGGCUCCAAUAUGCAGGACUCUUUGGAAGUAACCCCUGCUGCAGUUCAUGAAUUCAGAAUUCCACCAAAAGCUCUUCUUGGACUACAUUCAUAUUGUCCUGUUCAUUUUGAUGCUUUCCAUGCUGUGCUUGUUGAUACAACUGUCCACAUCAGCUUACUAAAAGGUGGUGUUCAUACCAUGAAGACACCAAGUCGCAGCAAUUCUCUUAGUCAUGAAGAAGCUUCCAGUGACAACAAGUAUGACAAGGAAAAGCGUGUUUUGCUUGUGAAGGCAUUUUUAAUUUCACGUGCAAAUUUACUUCAAGAGCUAAAAAAUCUUAGUAAAGCAAUAAAUCAAACAAUUGAUUUAAGUGGUUUCACUUCACAACAUGAUGAAAGUGAAACAGAGUCUCCUAAUGUUUCUAAGAUUCCAAAUGGAUCCAUUGAUACGCAGAGUGAUUAUCUUUACACCCUACAAAACGAUGAACUCUAUCGUCUUUUUCAUUCCCUUGGAGACCAAAUUCUCUACUUAUGGAGUACAUUUCUCAAGUUUCACAGGGCUAACAAAGCAAAAAUUUUAGACCAUUUGCGUAAUCAAUGGGGUAUUGAUCGUAGAGCUGAGUGGUCAAUAUGGAUGGUGUACUCCAAAGUUGAAAUGCCUCUCCAACCAAUCAGAAACGAGGUUGAUGACUCAGCAUACAAAGGUCCACGUGGCACUGUCCCUGUUCUCAGAAAGAUAACCGAAGAUCCUUCUGAGGCUGCAGCAAUGAGAGCUGAGCUACAUCGACGUAGUAUUGCACAAAUGAGGAUAAACAGUUGUUCAAUUCAAGAUCUUUAUAUUUUUGGAGAUCCCUCACGUAUACCAAUUAUAAUAGUAGAACGUGUUGUAAAUGCACCAUUGCGUUCACCUAGUGGAAAUUCUUACUUCAGAAAUAUGGAUCAAAAAGCUACUACUAAUGGUGUUCUUCAAGAAAAUGAUUCAAGAAUUUCCACCAAUCAUCAAAAAGGACGUGUUUUGAAGAUUGCUGUGUUUGUUCAUGGUUUUCAGGGGCAUCAUUUGGAUUUACGCCUUGUAAGGAAUCAAUGGCUUUUAAUAGAUCCAAAACUUGAGUUUCUAAUGUCUGAAGUGAAUGAAGAUAAAACAUCUGAAGACUUUAGGGACAUGGGAUUAAGAUUAGCUAAAGAAGUGAUUGCUUUUGUUAAAAAGAAAAUGGAUAAAGCCUCAAGAUCUGGUGGCUUAAAAGAUGUUAAACUCAGCUUUGUGGGCCACUCCAUUGGAAAUGUCAUCAUUAGAACUGCACUUUCAGAGAGCAUCAUGGAGCCAUACCAUAGAUACCUGCAUACAUAUGUGUCAGUUUCGGGCCCACAUUUAGGGUAUCUGUAUAGUUCAAAUUCUCUUUUCAAUUCUGGAUUAUGGCUUUUGAAGAAGCUUAAGAACACACGUUGCAUUCAUCAGCUCACUUUCACUGAUGAUAUUGAUCUUGAAAACACUUUCUUCUACAAACUUUCCAAGCAAAAGACGUUGGAGUAUUUCAAGAACAUACUCCUUCUCUCUUCUCCUCAGGAUGGUUACGUUCCAUAUCAUUCUGCGCGAAUGGAGAUGUGUCAAACGUCAUCAGGAGACUACUCAAAAAAAGGGAAAAUUUUCCACGAGAUGCUCAACAACUGCUUAGAUCAAAUCCGAUCUCCAUCUUCUGAACAAAGAAUGUUCAUGCGAUGUGAUGUGAACUUCGAUAUCUCAUUACAAGGAAGAAACUUGAACACCAUAAUUGGUCGAGCUGCUCACAUAGAGUUUCUGGAAACAGAUAUUUUUGCCAAGUUUAUUAUGUGGUCUUUCCCUGAACUUUUUCGCUGAUGUCAGAUCAACACGCCAUACGAGACACUGUAAAUUAUAAAUUUAUCAGAUAGAAAGUGGGAAAGGGGUAUCGAUCAGGUAGGUGAUUAUAAGAUUAUAAGUUAUAAGUUAUAACCCACUUUUUAAGUUAUAAUGUAGAUUUUUUCAGAUAUGAUUCUACGUGGGUAGAAUUUUAAGCUUAAGCGCCAGGGGUGUUGUAGUUUUUUUAUAGGUGGUGCGAAGACGAUUAUAAUAUAGUGUAGAUGAAAUCCACUAUGCUCUUUUAUAUUUAUGUAUAUUUUUGGUUUUUAUCGUGAAGAUAUAGUUAAUGUUGGGUGUUUGGUAAGUUUUUGGAUGAAUGUAUACAAGGUGUUCGAUGAAAUGCCCCAACGAAUAAAAAUACAAGAAUUUUAGGUUUUUAGAAGGUAGAAAAUGGCAAGUUCAUAACUCACUUUAAUUUUUAAGUUAUAACGUGGAUUUUCAGAUAAUUCUCGGAUAGAAUGUUGUGUCAAGAUUGUAACAUUUAUAGGUGUUGGGAAGACAAAAAGACAAUGAUAUUAGAUGGAUUCAAGUGUUUCCCUUAAUUUUCCUGUAUGAUUGCCAACUUUUAUGACUAGAAGCACGCU